GGAGGUUCAGAUACUGGGAAGAUACAGUUACAAGAAUAUAAUCUGUACAGCAGAGAGGAAGGUGAGAUAAGGACAGGCGAGGUUUGCAUUUUGAGAACAGGUAUACAGAACAAAAAAUAUACAUACACAGUCUAGGAUCCUCCAGAAGCAUCCAAUAGACCACCUCUACCUGGGAGUCAGACCUCCACUGUUCAACAUGCACUUGUUGUGAAUUCAAUCUGCACCUUCAGUGACUGAGAGUAAUCAUUGAAUUUGAAGAUGUCGGAGUUUUGGUUAAUUUCAGUGCCAGGGGAUAAUGCCAAUUUAACAGCCUUGGACAGGAUGAAUACUGUCACCUCCAAAGCUAAUCUGUCCAGCAAUGCAAAGUUUGUCAUACCUGAUCUAAAGGUGGGAACGUUAGAUGCUUUAAUUGGUCUUUCUGAUGAGUUGGGGAAACUUGAUGUCUAUGCGGAAGGUCUGAUGAAGAAGAUUGCUCAGUACAUAGGAGAAGUCAUGGAUGAUUCAACGGACAAGGCACAGGAAAACCUUUUGGCAAAUGGAGUUGAUCUUAUCAGCUACAUAUCACGAUUUGAGUGGGACAUGGCAAAGUACCCAGUGAAGCAACCACUUAAGAAUUUAACCGAAUCCCUAUCCAAGCAAAUGUCGCAGAUAGACACGGAUCUAAAAUCAAGGACUCUUACAUACAACAACAUCAAAGGGAACCUUCAGAGUCUGGAGAGAAAGACUGUGGGCAAUCUCCUCACAAGAACUUUGGCUGAUAUUGUUAAUAAAGAAGACUUUGUUUUGAACUCGGAAUAUCUCAUAACACUUCUUGUGGUUGUUCCAAAGACAAGUUACACUCCCUGGCAAAAAACAUAUGAGUCGCUGUCUGACAUGGUCGUGCCUCGAUCAACUAAAAUGAUUGCGGAGGAUGCUGAGAGCGGGUUGUUUACAGUGACCUUAUUCAGAAAAGUAAUCGAGGAAUUUAAAUCCAAAGCUCGGGAAAACAAAUUCAUUGUACGUGAAUUUUACUUCAACGAGAAAGAAUUGCAGUCGGAAAAAGAUGAGAUUGUUAAACUGGCAGCUGAUAAGAAACAACACUAUGGGCCCCUUCUUCGAUGGCUGAAAGUAAACUUCAGUGAAGCGUUCAUAGCCUUGAUUCAUAUAAAAGCCUUGCGUGUUUUUGUUGAGUCUGUCCUUCGGUAUGGAUUGCCAGUGAACUUUCAGGCCGUGGUUCUGCAUCCCAAUAAAAAGUCAAUGAAGCGACUGCGAGAUGUGCUAAAUGCAAUCUUCAGGCAUCUGGACGAGGCAGCUGCUGCAAACAUGAAGGAUGUGGGAAUGGACAUUCCUGGCUUACAGCUCAGCAAUCAAGAUUAUUAUCCUUAUGUCUGCUUUAAGAUUGACCUGACAAAUCUAGACUUUUGAUUAAUGAAUGGAGAUGAAGUAAUUUAUAAAUGCAUCUAGUUGGACAAAUUCGCAAGAUAUUUAUAGUGAAUUGCAGCCUCUAGUGACCAUUUUAUGUCAUUACACAGUCUUUAUCCCAGAAACACAUAAGAACGUAAUGUUGCCGUGAUAAAAUGUAAUGUCUUUUGUCAGAGGGUUAUUGUGCAUUGUUCCAAACAUUUGCAAACUGUAAAUAUCAGCCAGUGAUUGACUGUAUUUACAGAUAAAUAGAAUGAUCCCAAAAAUGGCAGAAUACCUUAAAACUACUAAUUUUCAGGGAUCAGAGAUUCACUGACAGAAUUGUGUGGCAAGCAACUCCCUUGAUGUCUUUUACAAAGAACCGGUGUAACUGCAACUUUAUAGUAUUUAUUUGUACAUUAUUAAACAGAUUUUAUGCUUAUUGGACAACGUCUGUGUAAAGAGAAAAUAAAAUUUAAAAAUGCC